AUGGCGGAGAGCGAAGCAAAGGAAACGGCGGACCAGACUCUCGCGUCUGAUCUUGCAGACAAGUCCCUCGACAACCCGACCAAGACGUCUGAAGCUGCCGACGACCUAGCAAACGGAACACACGAGGACGACGAGGAGGGCGACGAAGAAGAUGGAGAGGAAGAGGUCGAGGCAGACGGUGCCACAGCAAGCACAUCUGGGAAGAAGAAGCGCAAGCCACGAAAGAAGAAGAAGAAGGCGUCUACAGACGGGAAUGUAGCCACGCAAGACAAGACUGUCCAGCAGCACAAGCCUGUCCCUGUUCACGACAUACCCUCAUUACUUCAACAACUUGCACUGUCGUCGCCGAAGAAGGAGGGCAAGCCGCAAGAUGAGUACAAGUUCUGGAACACGCAGCCCGUGCCCAAAUUCAAGGAGCCGAAUCUCCUGCAGACAACGAGUGGAGGGGAGGGUGAGGCGCUGCCCGAAGGACCCAUUCUUCCCAACGAAGUGUGCAAGGCAGCCGCGAAGCCUGAACCGGAGAAGCUGGUCGAUGGGUUUGAGUGGUGCUUGAUCGAUCUCGACGACAAGGAGGAGCUGCAAGAGUUCUACGACCUACUCUACAACCACUACGUCGAGGACACAGAUGGCUCAUUCCGCUUCAACUACUCGGUAGAGUUCCUCGCCUGGGCGUUGAAGCCGCCUGGAUGGAAGAAGGAAUGGCACAUUGGAGUGCGCACAAAGUCGACGCCUGAGGGCAAGAAGGGCAAACUGGUCGCAUCGAUCUGCGGUAUUCCUGUCACCUUGCGAGUUCGAGGGCAGAAGGUUGAAGCGAGUGAGAUCAACUUCCUUGCCAUCCACAGAAAGCUACGCAACAAGCGACUUGCCCCUGUUCUGAUCAAGGAAGUGACGCGACGAUGCUACAUCAACGGCAUCUACCAGGCCCUUUACACUGCUGGCACAUUGCUGCCAACACCGAUCAGCACUUGUCGGUACUUUCAUAGGUCGCUCGACUGGGAGCACCUGUACAAGACAGGUUUCAGCCACAUGCCCCCAGGUACAUCUGUUCUGAGGCAGAAGUACAAGUACCGAGUGGAGUCCCACAUGCAGAUUAAGAAUCUGCGACCCAUGAAGCCAGAGGAUAUCCCAGCUGUGAAGGACUUGCUUGUGCGAUACACCGAGCGCUUCCAGCUUCGCCAGGAGUUCACGGAUGAGGAGAUUGCGCACUGGAUCUGCUCAGACACUUCCAAGGGAGUUGUCUACAGUUACGUGGUUGAGGAGAACGGCAAAAUCACUGACUUCAUCUCCUACUACCUUCUCGAGUCCACCGUCCUGCGAUCCCAAAACUCCAAGAAGGAAACCAUCCGUGCUGCCUACUUGUAUUACUACGCCACCGAAGCGGCUUUCCUUAGCCAAAAGGUCAAGGCGAAGGAUGCGCAGAACGCUCUGCAAGCACGUCUCGAGUUACUCGUCCACGAUGCCUUGAUCUUGGCCAAGAAGGAUGACUUCCACGUCUUCAACGCCCUCACUCUCCUCGACAACCCACUGUUCCUGAAAGAGCAGAAGUUCGAGCCUGGAGAUGGCAAGCUGCACUACUACCUGUUCAACUGGCGGACGGCAUUGCUGCCAGGAGGAGUGGACGACAGCAACCAAAUCGACACCAACAAGAUGGGCGGUGUUGGUGUUGUCAUGCUGUAA